GCUUAAAUGCGUUCCGGACCGGCCUCGGCUUUCUCUCGUACUGAUACACGGGCGGCUGAGGCAAGAGCGAGAAGUCACCGGAGGAGAGAGGGGGCAGUGGAAAGUGGGAGGGAUGUCGAAAUGUUUGGAAGAGAAGCCGGCCCUUUUGGGCUUCCACAUGCCCGCGGAGUGGGAGCCCCAUCAACAGUGCUGGAUGGGUUGGCCUGAACGUCUUGAUAAUUGGCGGGAGGGUGCAUUUCCAGCUCAGAGCACAUUUGUCAAGGUGGCAACUGAGAUUUCAAAAUUUGAGCCAGUUACCAUGUGUGUUAGUUCUGCCCAGUACAUGAAAGCAUAUGAUUGGCUUCAUGGAAAUGGUAACAUCCGUGUGGUGGAGAUGAGCAUGAAUGAUGCUUGGUUUCGUGAUAUUGGACCAACGUUUGUUCGGCGUGACAGAAAACCAAGUUUACGGGAUCAGGAAUGUGAAGUUGCAGGCAUUGAUUGGAAGUUUAAUUGCUGGGGUGGACCAGAAGAUGGUUGCUAUAGUGACUGGAGUCUUGAUGUUCUUGUAGCUAAGAAGAUUCUCGAGUUGGAUAGACUACCUAGAUUUUCUCAUCGGAUGGUUCUCGAGGGUGGAAGCAUUCAUGUUGAUGGAGAAGGUACUUGCAUUACAACAGAAGAAUGUUUAUUAAAUACAAAUAGGAAUCCUGAUAUGACAAAAGAAGAAAUAGAGCAGGAGCUGAUGAUGUAUCUCGGGGUUAGCAAGAUCAUUUGGUUGCCCAGAGGACUAUAUGGUGAUGAUGAUACCAAUGGUCAUGUGGAUAACAUGUGUUGUUUUGUUAAGCCUGGCAUGGUUCUGUUGGCAUGGACAGAUGAUGAGCUAGACCCACAAUAUGAACGGUCAGUAGAGGCAUUUUCAGUUCUAUCCAAUACUACUGAUGCCAAGGAUAGAAAAAUAGAGAUUAUAAAACUUCACGUACCUGGGCCACUUUAUAUUACUAAAGAAGAAGCAGAUGGACUUGUUACACUGGAUGAGAGUGCAAAACCCAGACUUGCCGGUACAAGGCUAGCUGCUUCCUAUGUAAACUUCUAUAUUGCCAACGGUGGAAUUAUAGCACCUGCAUUUGGUGAUGAGAAGUGGGACCAACAAGCUUAUCAUGUUCUUACGUCAGCAUUCCCUAAUCAUGAGGUUGUAAUGAUACAAGGUGCAAGGGAGAUUUGUCUUGGAGGUGGGAACAUUCAUUGCAUCACGCAACAGCAACCGGCUACUCCGUGAUAGACUUCAAAAAUUAGUUCAGGUGUUACUUCCAUGGGGGGCCUUUUCUCAUCAACCAUAUAAGAUUAAUGGAUUAUGCACAACCCAAAUUGUUCCUAUCCUUAUAAAGUUUCAAGUGGUUGAUAUAUUUAGUGCUAUAGAUUUUAAUAAAUCUCCUGGUGAUGUAGAAGUUUUCAUUUCAGACACAAUAACCAGCUAUUUCUUGUAAUGUUAGAGAAACUAAGUGAAACCGAGGAGGAAAUUUCUUGUA